ACAUUUCCGCAUCUUGACACAUCUGUCAGAAACAAAGUUCUCAGACAUUUUUCUGUGUUGAUGAGACUUGUUGUUUUCGAUUUUAUCCGAAACAUUUAGUGGCGGGUUUGUUGUUUCAACGGUUGAAAGGAGGUUCCGGUACUAGCCGACUUGUGGGGCGUAACCAACUAUGGAGUGGAAUAAAGAAAAGACGCUUCUCCUCAUUAAGGAGUUCCACCAGCGUCCAGGACUGUGGAAUAUGACGCAUGAUGACUACCGGAAAAAGGAAACGAAGAAAACCUUGUUGGCAGAAAUAGCGCAAAAGUUUGAUCAUUGCGUCACACCCUCGGACAUUGAGAGGAAAUUUCAUACUUUGCGCACGCAAUACCAUCGAGAGAUAAGUCGGAUGAACUCAAGCCGCGGACCGGAACCGUACAAAUCCAAGUGGUUCGCUUUCCAGCAGCUGAAGUUCUUGAACGAUCCAAAUGCUUGUCGCAAUACAAAGGACUCUCGUCGACGCAAUUCCACCAACAACGCGAAGAUGGUGUACUUCCAAAACUUGAAAGUUGAUACACCGAUUCAACCACCGACAUCCGCUUCGACCCCGAUAGCUGCCAUGCACAAUCUUCAGGUCGUUACCGAGAAGGACCCCAAAAUUAUAGAUAAUAUUAACCUACGUAAAGAUUUACGAGUUCUCUUCGAAGAAGCGGUUGACUCUGAGGAUGAGAAGAACGAAGAGGAGAAAGUUACAGAUGCCGGGACUAUGUCUAAAGGGAUUGGAUACGUCCAAGAAGAAAUACAACUUCAUAACAAGAUGAACACUGUCCACAAUACUUGCUAUGAAGAAGAGCAUCUUGUCGAGGAAACAGUGCAGCAGCAUCACAGCGACACUGGUGACCCUCUGGCCCAAGACGAGGAGCAAUAUCAUCACCAGAUGGAACAAUCGCCCGUAAAAAUAUACAAAAAUGAGCCAAGCAACACGGGUCUGAAGCGGAGCCAUGAAAUCUAUCAGGAUCUUGCUUACGAAGCUGUGGGCGACCAUGUUCAAACUACUAUACCGGUCGCUAAAAAGGUUUAUAAGGACGCCGAGACCGUAGUGACGCCCACGACCCUCACGGCACGUGACGAAUUUUCGAUAUUUGGAGAAUGUGUAGCAAAUGAGCUUCGAUUCUUGACGGAUCGGCAAAUAUUGGUUUCAGUUAAGCAUAAAAUUAAUACGGCCCUUUUCGAAGCGAGUAUAGCUCAAUUGCGGAAAAAUGGGGAUGGUUGAAAGUUUAGAUUGAAUUUUAGAAUAAUUCUCCUUUUUGAUGAUAAUAAUUGUCGAAUAAAGAGUGACUUUUUAUCA